AUGCAUUCAGCAAUAUUUGUUUGCAUUGGCUUGAUCCUACUUGGUUCAGUAUCGAUUAGUCAAUGCCGUCGUACUUACAAGGAAGAGAGCGAUGGAAUGGUUUUGGGUGAACGAGACUUUGAUCAAGUUGCUCGUCGAGAACACCGCUACGAUGAUGAAGCACUGUUUCAACUCAUGGGCUUUCAAAGACGUACUUUGGACAAAAAACCUUGCCAAGAAAUAUUAAAGGAUACGCAUAUCUCUGCAGGUAACAACGACGCUCAAAAAACAUUCUCAACAGUGACCGAAUGUGCCACAUACUGUGAUAGUUUACCAAAUUGUAUGUCGUUUGAUUAUUAUCCAAUGACGGGUCCAUCCAACCCUGGACAGUGCAAUCCUAAAAGUGCUACACGAAGUUCUGCUGCUCCAAUUGCUGGAAUGUUAGCUGUCGUUUGUGAUAGUCAACAAAAGAUAGCAACAUCGUUCAGAUGCGGUUAUGAGGGUUAUUGUUGGCGAGGAUGUGCUUUAGGUACCAACACAGAUCUUAGCGGUGGGUUUGGCACAGGCAACUGGUGUUAUGCAUACAACAAAAAUAUGACUGAGACAUGCAAAACCGACAACGAUUGUAGUGGUGUAACUCCAUGCAUGUUACCAUGUCGUCCGAUCCGGAUAGCGUAA